AUGCGCAGAGCUGGAAGGACCUCGCCUCCCACCGGAUGCACAGUCGUGCGGCAGUCAGCUGGAACUGGGGAGUACUCCACGUUCCAAGCAGCCGUCAACUCGCUGAGCACCACUGCAACCGGGACUCAGUGCAUCUUCAUCUACCAGGGAACCUACAACGAGCAAGUCUACAUCGCCGCGCGCACCGCACAGCUCACCGUCUACGGCUACACCACGGACACGAGCACAUACACGUCCAACACCGUGACUAUCACGCAGGGGCUCUCGCAGGACGACGUCUCCAGCAACGACCUAACAGCGACACUUCGCGCUCACAACGUCGGGCUAAAGGUGUACAACAUCAACCUCAAGAACACACGGGGCAACGGGAGCCAGGCGCUCGCCGUCUCCGCGCAGGCCACGCAGCAGGGCUACUACGGCGUGCAGUUCAUCGGGUACCAGGACACGAUUCUCGCGAACGAGGGCAACCAGAUCUACGCACGCUGCUACAUCGACGGCGCCACCGACUUCAUCUUUGGACAGCGCGCGCGCGCUUGGUUCUAUAAGGCCGACAUCCGCAUCAAGGGAACGGGUUACAUCACCGCCAACGGAAGGGAUAGCGAGAGCAACGUGAGCUACUACGUCAUCACCGACUCCGACAUCCAGGCCGCGCCGGGUGUCACGAUCGCCGCCGGCUCUACGUACCUCGGCCGCCCGUGGAGGAACUACUCUAGAGUCGUCUUCCAGCGCACCUCCAUGAGCGCCGUCGUCAACUCCGCCGGCUGGGUGCAGUGGAACAGCGGCGAUCCCCGCACCGACAACGUGUACUACCGCGAGUAUCUGAACACCGGCACGGGUUCGCAAGGCACCCGGGCCUCGUUCUCAUCGCAGCUCACAGCACCGGAAACCGCCGCAAACGUGCUAGGAAGCACUUACACCACCUGGGCAGAUAUGAGCUACCUGUCGUAA